GGAAAACAACAUUGGCAGACCAUAGGGCCUUCUGAUUUCAGGUAGGAGACAGUUAAUUGACAUCGAUAUAAGCUCGUCAGUCGCCCAACACUUCGAGAAUUCGUCCACAGGAUUCCUGAAGAGGGCAUUUUACGAUGGACAGCGUAAAAAAUACUCUGGCUGGAGCUUUCGGAAGCUCAGUCAGCACAUUGUCAGGAGCUCUGUCAAACGAUAUUGAAGGUUCCGGAAAUUCUUAUCGAACUGUCUUGCCAUCGCUUGUACUGCUUGCCACCAUUUUCACUCUUGCUCUUAGCUCCGGAUGGAUCCGCAAGUUUGCGGCAGCAUUGAUCGACAAAUCCAAGACAGCAGUGCUCCAUUUAGCGGUGAAACAGAGGAAGAUGUCAAAAGAAGAAGUUCCUCCAGGUAGUCUGGGCCUGCCGGUGGUCGGAGAUUCGUUUAAGUAUGUGAACGCAUAUUACAAUAUGACCAUCAAGAGCUACGUGGACGAGAAAAUUCGCAAGUAUGGGCCGGUCUUUAAAGUGUCGCUGAUGGGUAACAAUACAGUUUUCUUAGAUGCACCAGCUGGCACCAAGAUCGUGUUGAGCCAUAACGAAAUGAAGUGGACGAAAGGAUGGUGGCCGAAGCCGACUUCACAGUUACUGGGUCCGUAUGCUCUAGCUUCGCAAUAUGGCAAUGAUCACCUUCUGCACAGAAAUCAUGUGAUGCGGAAUUUUCUGGACAUUGACAUUGUGCACCAGUACAUUUCGACGAUGGAGAAGAAAGUGGUGGAACAUAUCGACAAGUACUGGAUGACGCUCGAUGAUGGAUCCGAAGUGAAAGCUUUCAAGCUUACGAACGUGUUCACGUUCUCACUUAUCACGCAGAUGAUGCUAGGAAUUUCCAAGGAGGAAGACAUUAUAGUAUUCAAUGAAGUUUUCCGCGAAUGGGCUGCAGGUGGUUUGGCCCUUCCGGUGAAUCUACCGGGAUUUCAGUUCCGGCGCUCUCUUAGAGCGAAGAAGCUCAUCGAUCGGAUGCUGAACGAUCAAAUAGAGAGGAGGAGACAGGAUCUGAAAACUGGACGGGCUUCAGCCACCCAAGAUCUCCUAUCGGUGCUGAUAUCUAAGCCCAACAGUGAGGGUCAUUUCUUCACCAACGAUGAAGUCUGUGGCAGCUUGCUGCACCUGAUCUUCGGAGGCCACGACACCACCGCAGCCACGCUCACUCUCGCCCUCCGAUGCAUCAAACAGAAUCCUGCCGUCUACGAGGAGCUCAAACAAGAACAUGCAACUAUUGCUGCCAGCAAAAAACCUGGUGAGCUUUUAACGAAAGAAGAUCUGUGGGCCAUGAAACAUACUUGGAGGGUUAUGCAAGAGGUCAUGCGGCUCUAUCCGACCGUGCAGGUGUUAUUUCGCGAAGCCAGGAUAACCUUCGAGCACCACGGUUACACUAUUCCCCAAGGAUGGAAGCUGUGUAUCACAAGUGCGAAUUCCAGUUGGGACCCCAAGUUCUGUGAGGAUCCAGAAAAAUUCAAACCGUCCAGAUUUGACGAAGACAAUGAAAAGAUGCCACCAUGGAUCCACUUUCCUUUCGGGGCAGGUCAUCGCACAUGUCCAGGACAGGAUUUUGCCAAAGUUGAGCUGCUUAUUUUUAUGCACCAUUUUCUCCGGAAGAUUGAUUGGACGGUGCUUGUUCCAAACGAGAGAGUUAUCUAUAGACCGCUGCCUACUCCUGUAAAUGCAACGCCCAUCAAGAUAACUAAAAUCAGAAGCUAAGACUUGUAUAGAAUUCUGCUGCUUGCGUGUUGUCUAUUUUCCUAUCUUCUAUUCUAGACAUUAACGUGCAAGAUCGUUGUGAAGUACUUUUCAUCGCUGUGAUUUAAUGGUGAAAGUUAAUGUCUCAAUUGCAAUUUGA